ACCAUGUGACAGUGGCUGUCAAAGUGUGUCCGAAAACAAGAGCUCAAAUGUAAACAAAGCAUUCGCAGAGCUGAAAGAAAUCAACACUUUUGCGUAAAAUUAUUGCAAAAUGAAGCCUGUGCUUCUAUCUUUAGCUUUCCUGCUAGUCGUCAACAGUGCGGUAGCGUUCCGAUUCAAGGGCUUGGAGUUUUACAUGCAGCUGUGGAACGGUGAAUUUCUCGAGUCGAACUCCUUCGGUGGGGACAACGUUGCGAAAGUGGCCGAGAAAGCAGAGGCCGUCGUCGAAAAAAAAGCGCCUGCGGUCUUUGUCUUAAAAAGCGGCCUGUACGAUUACCUCACCUACUGGGACAAGGUGAUGUGCUCGCUGGAUCAAGGGAAGGAUCAGGACGAUUCGGACGGAGGUCGCAAAUCGCCGCUGCGCGUGAACUGUACGCCGCUGGAGGGCAACGGAACGCUAUACAUCAUCACCUCGCUGCAGGACAUAGUGAAAGGGUUGUCACCGCACGCUGCCGCCACCAACGCGACCAACCGGAACGAGGUGAACAACUGCUUUCUGAUGCUGUUCUACACCAAAACCUGCAUCCACAGUGCGAUGGUGGCGCCCCACUUUAACGCACUCGCCCGCCACUUUCCCGACCUGAUGGUGACCGCGAUCGAUGCGCACAAUUUCCACUUUCUCAACGCGGAGUUCGGCAUCGUCGGGCUGCCGACGAUCAUGCUGUUCCACCAGGGCCGACCGCUGGUGCGGUACAACGGGACGGAAAUGACGCUACUGUCGCUGGCCAAGUUCGUGACGCGUCACACGGGCAUCGAGCCGCGGCUGGUGAAUCAGAAGAGCGGCACGGCGACGGUGCUGCACUACAUAUCGGACGAUUUUAAGGGCCCGCUGUCGAACAAGGUGGAGUACCGGACGGACUACUGGCUGUACGUGGCGUGGGCAUUCAUUCUCGUCUGCCUGAGCUACUACUUCUCCAAGUCCAGCCUGUACGCGCAGAUCGUCGAGAUGAUCAAACGAAAUUGGCGAGAAUCGGCGGCCCAGCACGGAUAGAAAGGGGGUCCUUUUGGCGGGAGUAUGAGUGAUUGUUUUAGCUAUUCAGCUGUGUGUAUGCUAGUUUAAUUCUAAAUUUAAUAAAGUAGAGAUUUGCCAAUUAAA